AUGUCUCCUCAGGCCAACGGCUCAACCACACAUAAUACUCCCGUAUUCAAAGGCAGCCUCCUCCAUGUCUCCGGCACAUCCAUCGUCGAUGCAUUCGGCAACCCGGUCGUCCUCAAGGGUGCAGCUCUGGGCGGCUAUCUCAACAUGGAAAACUUCAUCACAGGCUACAGCGGCCACGAAAACGAGCAUCGUGCCCAGAUGAGCGCCGUGCUGGGCCCUGAAAAGGCCCAGUUCUUCUUCGACCGCCUAAUCCACUACUCCUUCACCGAGGGUGACGCGGCCUUCUUCGCCUCGCUAGGUCUAAACUGCCUUCGCCUCCCCUUCAACUACCGCCACUUCAUCGACGACACCGACCCCACCGUAAUCAAGAAGUCUGGCUUCGCCCUCUUAGACCGCAUAGUCAACAUCUGCCGCCAAUUCAACCUGUACGUUAUUCUCGACCUCCACGCCGUCCCCGGAGGCCAGAACCAAGACUGGCACAGCGAUAGCGGGCUCACCCGCGCCCUCUUCUGGGACUUCAAGGUCUUCCAGGACCAGAUGGUCAAUCUGUGGGUCGAGAUCGCGAAGCAUUACGCGGGAGAUCCUAUAAUAGCGGGGUACAAUCCGCUCAAUGAACCCGCAGAUCCCGAGCACACGCGGCUGAUUUCGUGGUACGAGCGCGUCGAGAGAGCCAUCCGCGCCGUGGAUCCUGACCACAUCCUCUUCGUGGAUGGGAAUACCUACGCGAUGGACUUCUCGCAGUUCACCACUGUCCUUCCCAACGCAGUCUAUGCGUGCCAUGAUUACGCCAAGAUGGGGUUCCCCGGGCAGGAAGUGUAUGUGGGGACGGACGAGCAAAAGGCCAAAUUGCGGAGGCAGUUUGAGCGGAAGGUGCAGUUCAUGCGAGAGCGUGGGGUGCCGAUCUGGAACGGCGAGUUUGGGCCCGUGUAUCCUGAUGCGCGGGAAGAGGAUGCUGAGGCGACGAAUGAGGCAAGGUUGGGCGUGCUGAGGGAGCAGUUGAGGAUUUAUGCGGAGACUGACAUUAGCUGGAGCAUCUGGCUGUACAAGGAUAUCGGGUACCAGGGGAUGGUGUAUGUUGAUCCCGAGUCGCCAUAUAUGAAGCUCAUUGCGCCGUUUGUAGCGAAGAAGCAGCGUCUCGGGCUGGACUUUUGGGGCUGCACAGAUAAAAAGGCCGUCAAAGAUGUCUAUGAGCCGUUUCUCCAAGGCUUGCGGGACAUGAUCGGGCCCGAGCUGCGGCAGAAGAAAUAUCCGCCCGUCUGGACGUUUGACCGUCAGGUCGAGCGAGCAGUCAGGGAGUGUCUACUGAGUGAGUAUCUGGGUUGGGAAUUUGCAGAGCUGUUCCGAGAUAAAACGGAGCAGGAGAUAGAGGAUCUGGCUCGGUCGUUUGCUUUCGAGAACUGUGUGAAGAGGACUGGCCUAAAUCGCGUUUUGCAGGAGGAUGCAGGGCUUCUCAAGAGAUAG